AUGUCUGAACAAUGGCAGGUCAAUCCAGAUAAUCGAAGACGGCUCCUGCAGUUGCAGAAGCUGGGUGGAAACAAGAAAUGUGUGGAUUGUGGAGCACCAAAUCCGCAGUGGGCAUCUCCGAAAUUUGGGAUAUUUAUAUGUUUGGAGUGUGCGGGAAUCCACAGAGGCCUUGGGGUACAUAUCUCGUUUGUGAGAUCGAUCACAAUGGACCAGUUUAAGCCAGAAGAGCUGGAACGCAUGGAAAAGGGUGGAAAUGAACCUUUCAGUGCUUAUCUGGAAUCGCACGGCGUGAGUUCGAAGUUGCCUCACAAGAUCAAAUACAACAAUCCAAUUGCAACUGAUUAUAAAAAUAAGCUUACCGCUGAAAUAGAAGGCACCGAAUGGACGGAACCUGAGCACCCAGAUUUUGAUCCUAAGAGCUUGGGUACGUCGAAUGAGCAGCCUGUACUCUCUCCGCAAGAUUCCAGAAGCUCAUCGCCCGCGCCAACCGGUUCCGGAGGCUCGGCUCCUUUGGAAUCGCGUAGAAGCACUCCUCAGGUCCCUGAAUCGCAACGUGAGAAAAAUGAGACCUAUUUUGCGGAACUAGGUAAGAAAAACUCUCUCAAGUCGAAUUCUUUACCACCUUCACAGGGAGGAAAAUACCAAGGAUUUGGAAACACGCCGGCGAAUACGCAGAAAAAUGAGAAUUUGAACGGCAAAAUGGCCACCUUGUCCCUUGACAACUUGCAAAAGGACCCACUGGGCACUUUUUCAAGAGGAUGGAGUAUGUUCUCCAGUGCUGUCAGCAAACACGUCGAAGACGUGAACGACAGCAUGAUCAAGCCAGGGGUGCAACAAAUGCAGGCGAAGGACCUUUCUGAGGAGACUCGUAGAGCAGCAGCUCAAUUUGGUCAAAAAUUCCACGAAACCUCUAACUACGGGUACCAGGCUUUUUCGAACUUCACCAAAAAUCUGCAAGGACAGUACCAACAAAACUUUGGUCAGGAGCCUGCCACUGAGAGCCAAUUCUCUAAACUCUUUGAUGAUGUCGGAAAUGCUAGCCCUACGACUACCGCUGAAACGAAACCCAAGAAGUCUGAAGAAGACGAAUGGGACGAAUUUUGA